AUGAUUUUUAGCAAGGCCUUCGCGGCCGUGGUGACAGCUGCUGGCUUGCUUGUACAAGAUGCGAUAGCACACUCGGUCAAGCGAAACCCGCUCUCCUCUAUUGCGCGGAUCGAAGACGCUGUAAUACAAACACCUUCCCACCGAGUACACGCACACUCGUCCUUCGACGUCUCCUUCGUGAUCUCGACGACCCAGCAAAAGAUCCGUUUGGCGCUUGAACCGAACCACGACAUCCUCGGCCCUGAUGCCACGAUACACUACCUAGCCGCCGACGGCUCUGUUCGGGAAUCCAAACCGAUCGACCGGCGCGGACACCGGAUAUUCAAGGGCGAGAGCUUUGUGCGGCGGGAGGGCGAGUCGGGCUGGACGCAUGUAGGAUGGAGCCGCAUCAACGUGCACCGCGACGGCGACCACCCUGUUUUCGACGGCGUGUUUACGAUUAACGGAAACCAUCACCAUGUCCAGACGACAACGGCAUACCGUCGGAGCUCGCUCAGUGGAGACCCAGACCUUGACGAUGUCUUUAGCGACGAUGACAACGACGACGAGUACAUGGUUCUCUGGCGGGACACCGAUGUGUCUUCCGGUCAUCCUGACUUGAAGCGCGACCUCGGCGAAAGGGCUGCGACGUGCGGUUCAGACACCCUAGAGCACAACCGGUUCGAGAAUAAUAUCGUCUACCGCAGCUUUGAAGGGGCCGCCGCCCCGGACACUUCGUCUUGGCAGAUCAGCCCGAGGGCUCUAUUUGGACGCCAGGUCGACACGGUCCCAGGUAGCAACGGGGCCGGCGUGAACCUGCAAAAUUCGAUCGGCUCGACCGCCGGCUGCCCGACCACCCGCAAGGUGGCCCUCGUCGGCAUUGCGACAGACUGCGAAUACACCAAUGCCAUGGGGACCACCGACGAUGCGGUAACGAAAAACGUGCUCCAGGUGAUCAACGCGGCUUCGCAGCUGUACGAGAGCACGUUCAACAUCUCGCUUGCCCUGGCGAACCUCACCAUCAGCGAGCCGGACUGCCCGAGCACCCCUCCGGCCGGCGCGCAGUGGAACCGACCCUGCACAGACAGCGCGACGGUCGACACGCGGCUCAGCCUGUUCUCGGAAUGGCGCGGACAGUGGAAGGAUGGCAACGCGUUCUGGACGCUGCUGUCCAUGUGCGGCACCGGGUCGACGGUUGGUCUGGCUUGGCUCGGCGCGGUCUGUCAGGAAGGGGCUUCGACUAGAGGCAACGAGACCAGUGCGUCCGCGAACGUGGUCGUCCAUACCCCGACCGAGUGGCUGGUGUUUGCCCACGAGACGGGCCACACAUUCGGCGCGGUGCACGACUGCGAGGCAGGGACCUGCACCGACGGCAGUGUCGACAAGCAGGAGUGCUGCCCUCUGAGCACCGGCACCUGCGACGCCAAAGCCCAGUUCAUCAUGAACCCGUCGACGGGCAACGGCAUCACCAGCUUCUCCCCCUGCAGCAUCGGCAACAUCUGCAGCUUCCUAGGCCGGACCCCCAACAAGUUCGCCUGCCUGUCCAGCAACAGCGGCGUGACCACUUUCACGGGCGCCCAGUGCGGCAACGGCAUCGUCGAACACGGCGAGGACUGCGACUGCGGCGGCGAAGCAGGCUGCGCCGGCAACGCGUGCUGUGACGCCAACACCUGCAAGUUCACCACAGGCAGCGUCUGCGACCCGACCAACCAAGAAUGCUGUACCGACCAGUGCGGCUUCGCCACCAACGGCACCAUCUGCCGCGCCAGCACGGGCGCCUGCGAUCCGCAAGAAACCUGCUCCGGUGCCUCCGCCGGCUGCCCGGCCGACGUCACCGCCCCCGACGGCCAGUCCUGCGGCGACAACGGCCUGCAGUGCGCCUCGGGCCGCUGCACCUCCCGCGACCAACAGUGCUCCACCUUCAUGGGCGCCGACACCACCUCCUCCUGCUCCUCCUCCGGCUGCGUCCUCUCCUGCCACUCCUCCAAACUCGGCCCCAACCAAUGCUACAACCUAAACCAGUACUUCCUCGACGGCACCCCCUGCGAAGGCGGCGGCCGCUGCAGCAACGGUAACUGUGCGGGUACCUCCCUCGGCCAGCAAAUCCUCGACUGGAUCAACAACAACAAACAGAUCUCCAUCCCUGUCAUCUGCAUUGCCGGCGGCCUCGUCCUGCUCGUGAUCCUCAGCUGUGUCUGGAGCUGCUUCUCGCGCUGUUGCCGCCGGAGCAAACCGGCUGCUGUCCCGCCAGGAGGUGCUUCCCGACGCAGCGGAUGGGGUGGGGGUAACCCCUACUUCGGCGCCGCUGCGAUUCCCCGUGGGGGUGGUGGCCGCGGUGGUGGUCCCGGACCGGGUCGUGGGUACGGGCCCGAGCGUGGCCGGGGUGGCGGUGCGUAUUCGCCUGUGCCGGAACAGGAGAUGGUUGGGGGUGCACCUCCGCCGUAUCCGCCGGCACAGGGACAGGAUGGGCGGUGGGAGCCGAUGCGGACGAGGAGUUUUCGGUAUGCGUGA